UUCUAGGAAAAAUUCUUGUGGAGAAACUGUUGUACAGUUGUACCGAGUUGAAGAGGAUAUACCUCCUGGUGAGAGCGAAGAAAGGUGUACAACCAGAUGACCGCCUCAAGCAGCUUUACAAUAACCCGGUAUCGUCUCCGGAAAACGAGGCCGGGUAUAUUUGAAGCCAAAGUCUGCAUCGUACCCGGGGAUGUGUCUAAAGAUAACCUGGGUAUAUCAGAGCAGGACCGCGCUAUGUUGAUCAACACUACCAACAUUGUAUUCCACUCUGCGGCCAGCGUCAGGUUCGACGAGCCGUUAAAAGCCGCCACCCGUCUCAACCUCUUAGGAACGAAGCAAAUGCUCGACCUCGCAAAAGAAAUGACCAACUUUGAAAGCUUCGUCCACGUGUCGACGACAUACUGCAACACUCACCGCGCACGGCUCGAGGAGCGGCUGUACACGCCGCACAUGGACUGGCGGCAGCUGCUGGGGCUACUGCUGUUGGACGACGAGACCGUACGACACCUGACACCCAAACUGCUGGGCGACAUGGCGAACACGUACGUGGUGACGAAGCACCUGGCGGAGCACAUGGCUAGCGAGGAGCGCGGCCGCCUGCCAGUCAUCAUCAUGAAGCCUUCUAUCAUGACGGCGAGUUUACUAGAGCCAGUACCUGGUUGGAUCGACAACUUUAACGGUCCUGUGGGCUUGCUGUUGGCCUGCGGCACUGGCGUGGUCCGCGUGCUGUACACGGAGCCGGACGUGACGCACGACUACGUGCCCGCAGACCUCGUGGUGCGCGCGCUCAUCGUGGGCGCCUGGCUCAGAGGAACCAAAAAACUGGAGCCAACAGACGACGUGCCGCUAUACAACACGAGCGCGGCGGGUCACCUCAACGUGACCCCCCGCGAGAUGCGCACACUGGGGGCGGCGGCGCUGGACCGAGUCCCCCUGGACUCCGCGCUCUGGACCCCCUGCCACUCCAUCACUAGUUCCACGCUGCUGUAUUACUUUCAUGUAUUCUUCGUCCAGCUGCUUCUCGGUGUCCUCAUCGAUACGAUCCUCCGGCUCCUGUCCAAACCGCCCAGGUUGGUGAAGAUCUACCGUCGUGUCUUUACCGCGUCUCUGGCCGUCAAAGAGUUCACGAUGAAGCAAUGGACAUUCUCCGUGGACAAUCUCCUGCAGCUGCGAGCCUCCAUCAAGGAACAGGAUAAAGAGGCCUUUGACUACAUCAUCGAGUGCAUCCCCAUAGUGGAAUACUUCACCAACAGCAUAGUAGUCUGUAAACGCGUGAUGCUGAAUGAGGAUAUGGACAAUCUGCCGAGGAGUAAAGCGUAUGCACGAAGGUUAAGUAUAUUGGACAAAGUAAUCAAGGCGCUAGUGGUUGGUGUCAUACUGUGGUGCAGCUUCACGUCCCACGCCGCUAACUCCUGUUGGCUUGCUAUAUCUGAUUAUAUAAGACUUGAUAGCCAUAAUAAUAUAUUAUAAUGAGAGGAA